GAUCAGGGUUUACCCAGAUUUGGAACGUCGUACUUGGACAAACUAGGGUUUUGCAGUUUCAACACCUAUAUAUAUUUCCUUGUAUUUAGGGUUUUGCAGUACACAUGAAACUUGGGUUUCUCCAACUUGUUCCCCAAAAGAACUAAUCUUUCAUGGUAGUACUAGUUUCUCCUCCUACCCAGGAACCAAUCUUUCAAACACCAAAAUGAGUUUCUCUGAUCCACAGCCGCCGCCCUCCUUUCUCCCGCCGCCACCUUUCUCCGGCGACGGUGGUUGCUUCUGGCCACAAACCCACCUCUCCGAUGACUACCAAGACUCAAACCCACAACAAGAUUUUUCUCUACCCCCAUUCAAAAGGCCAAGAAAUCUUGAACCCAACCAACCCAACAAUUUCACACCUUUUCAACCACCCAUGAACAACCCAAGAGUGAUGAUGAACAACCCAACCCCUCCCCCUUCAAACAAAGGGACAGGCCACAUAUUUUUCAAGACCAGAAUGUGCUUGAAAUUCUUGGACGGUAACUGCAGGAAUGGAGAGUCUUGCACUUUUGCCCAUGGGGCAGAGGACUUGCGGGAGCCGCCACCGAAUUGGCAGGAAAUGGUGGCGAAGGACCGGGGGUUGGGGAACUGGAAUGAUGAUCAGAGGCUGAUACACAGGAUGAAGAUUUGCAAGAAGUUUUAUAACGGGGAGGAAUGCCCCUAUGGGGAGAAGUGCAAUUUCUUGCAUAUAGAUUCUGGGGAGAGUCCUGUGAUCCGGAUUGGGACAGUGGGGUCUGGGGUUGGGAAUAGAAGUGGGUCUGAUCAGGUUGAGGUUAGUAGGAAUUUGAAUUUGGGUUGUGAUGGGUUGAGAGGUAAUAGUAGUACUAUGAAACCGACUUGUUGGAAGACAAAGCUGUGUAGCAAGUGGGAGAUGACUGGUCAUUGUCCUUUUGGAGAGAGAUGCCAUUUCGCUCAUGGCUUUUCAGGGAAUGACACAAGGGGUGCAGGGGUGCGCGGACCUUGCACUGCUCCAAAUGUUCCCAAUAACUGGCCCCUGCAAGUCCCUUGGAUGGAAAAGGUUUCUAAAAAUGUGUGGGAAAAAAUCCCUGAACUUUUUAGCUAUCAAAAACUUUUUGGUUGCUCAAAUAAAAAUUAACAUACGCGACAUGUAUACACACAAUCUACUUUUUGUAAUCUACUUUUAGAUUGCAAGUAGUAAUAUAUGCUUGCGUAAUCUACUUUUUGUUAUCAAUGUGGACGGGCGCCCGCUAAGUAUAAAUUAUGUGUCUGCCAAAUGGGGCUGUGCUGGAUGUUGGGGGUCUGGUAACCCCUUCAAGCAGAUUUUUGUUUCGUUUUUAUAUUGUGUGAAUCUUUUGUUGUACUAGUACCAAUUUGGUUGAUGCACUACAUGAUCUCAGCCCAGUUGAGAUUGGGAGAACCUCUUCCAGGCGUAGUUGUUCCAGUACUGUCGUUAUUCUCGUGUGAGUCUUUUGUUGUUCUAUUUUCAAUUUGGGUGAUGCAUUGUUAGCCCGUUUGGAUGGUGAGAAAGGAUGAGAAAAGAAAAGAAAAUCUUUUCAGUUAUUUGGAUAGCGGAAAGAAAUAAAAACGGUGAGAAAUAAAGAAAAAAUAUGAAUUUCUAUCGGUCUAUUUUGUUUCUCAUCAAAUCUCGUCACUUUUGGUGAGAUUUGGUGAGAAACCACAAUCUUUUCUGUUCUUUUCUUUUCUCUCCCUUUCUCACAAUCCAAUUGGGCCUAUUAGGUUUGAAUGGGGCCAAAAUGUAACUUCAUGUGCUGGGCGUGCUGGGGCUGGGGGUUGGGAGAACAUCUUUUGGGGUGAACUUUUUUUAUGUUCGAGCAUAUUUGGAGUAGGCCUUAGAUCAUUUUGAAACUGAGGUCUUAAUUCAUGGAUGACGUAAACUCUUAAAUCUUCCAAUUUAACUCGUAGAGUACCUCUCAACCAUUGGUGGUUUCAUAUUUUUGUGUUAAUGUUUCUUGCUUAUGAAAGCAAUGGAAGCUAGAAAAGCCAGAUGUUUGUGCUCAAUAGUGGUAUUUAGAAAUAAAUAUCAGGAAGUGGCAAAGAGGUUUGUUCACUUAUCUUAAGAAAAUGAAAAAUAGUGGAUUUUUUUCCUUCCUAAAAUCAAGUGUGAUUUGUAGAUAUUUUAGCAUGGCUGUUAAAACUGAUUUCCAGUCAUGAGUUAGCUACCAUUUGCAAUGGCUUUAAGCACAUUCCAUUGUCAGGUAUUCAGUUCUACGGUAGGAUAGGAUUUUAGGAUAUCUAGAUCUACCUCAUCACCCAUGCGAACUGUGUCUUUAAGUAGUGCGGAUUUACUAUCUUCUACCAACUACAUGACCAAUUUUGCAAUUGUGAUACUGAUUAUGAACUUGAAACAAUUGCUUUUUUACCCGCUGGAUCUUCCAAGGCUCAUCAUGUAUCCGAAGCAGAAUAUACAUUUGCCUUUCACCUCUAGGAACUGUCACUGCAUUGGCAUUUUCCAUUUGAUUGGUUUCAUCUUUGCACCAUAAGUAAACGCUUUUAUUUUGCAAGUGGAUCAUUAUUUUGUCUAUGUUGCUUUAGUAUUUGUGGUGCUUUUGAUAUCGGUAAAGUAAUCUUUGUCAAUAUUUUUCAUAUGCCUAAUUUUCUUUAUAAACCAACGAAGCAAUAGGUUAAGUCCGCCUUGAUAUUGUUGUCAUACUGGUGUUAAUUUUGUGGUUUGUGCUGAUAUCUACUUUCCAAGACCCUUCAACUGCGGGUUGUGGUAAUCCUUAUUAUGAUUUCAGAUUCCUUAGUGGUACAUACGUACAUAUUCCUGGGAUUAGUUUGUCCUCGUCCUGUUUUUUCAAAGAAGAAUGGAAAGUGGGAAAAAAGAGAACAUCCGAAAGGUGAAUUUCUAAUUGCUUGAUUUUGGCUGUUUGUUUCACCAGAGUUGCAGGUGCCUGGUGCCCGCAUUGAAGCUGAAGCAGUGAGUGGUUUGACUUUUCCAAUGAAGCCUCUUUCUGUUCUAGGAACUGACAUACCUCCUAUCAAGGCUGUGAUUGCUGCUCCGACAAUGGAAGAUGGAGAGGGUAAGAAGUGCUUUUCAAAGUGGAAAGGAACCAAGAAGAUCAAUCGUAUUUAUGCUGAUUGGAUCGAUGAUCUAACGCCACCUCUGAGCUUGCCGAGCCAAGUGGAGAGCUGAGUCUAUGUUUUUGAGUUCAUAUCAAUUUAGGGAUUGGAUCUUUGGAGUUAAGAUCACCAUUUUUGUAUCGUACUAGGCUAAGAAAUUUUCAGUUCAGUUUGUUGUGAUUCCAACGCACCCUUUAAGCUCAUUUUGAUUCGUCCAAAAGAGAGGAAUAAAAAUAGGAAUAGACAGUGCCUUUCUCUUUUUCUUUUGUGGUCCAUAGGUUUCACAUUUUUUGGUUUUUAUUUUGAGUUUGUUUAGCAUAUGUAGUUUUGUAAUUGGGUAUUGCCUAUUGUUUGGACACGGAAUCAAUAAGGAAAUGCUAUGAUUCUUACUUAUUGCAA